AUGGUCACAUCUUCAUUUCUUGAGAACCUUCAGAUUUCUGCUGACGAAGCAUAUAGCGAUCAAGAGAGGGAUUGUGCAAUGAGGUUAAGUAAAAAGCGACCAUCAUCAUCUGUAGAUACUUUUUUUGAUGUAAUUGAAAAGGAAAAACAAAUCUUAUGUGCGAAACGAGAGAUAGAGAAUAGGACGGAUAUAGCUUGCCAAAAUACAAUAUUAGGUGCUCUUCACAUACUAGAAACAGCACGUGAAGAACGAACAGAGAAUUCAUUGAAACGAAAGUCAGAUGGUUCUGAUGAUCACAAUAUUGCGAAUAUCACAGAAACGGAAAUUAAGAAUCAUUCUCUUAAAAGAACCAAAAAGAUAAAUACAUUCUCAAUCCACAAAACUGUCAGCAAAGAUAAAAACACAAAAUAUAAUUCGGAAUCGGAAGAAAGUGAUGAAGAAGUACAAAGUGAUGAAGAAAUACAAAGUGAUGAAGAAAUCAAGAAUCUUAAGCAGGAUGAAGCGAAUAUUCGCGAAAAGCUACUCACAAUUUUGAGAGAACGGAAAGGAAAAGAGAUGGAAUUAGGAAUGACCAUUAUGACAUCAACAACACUUAAUGGUAUAAUAGAUAUUUCAGAUGAAGAAACAAACAAAGCGAUUAAAUCACGUUUUAAUCAAGAUCAAAUUUGUUGGCUAAAUAACGUACUUAAAAGUCAAGUAUUCAAUCCAACUGACGAAUUCAAAAAUUACAUUGAUCAAUUUACCGAAGGAGCAUGCAACAGAGUUCAGAUCCCAUCUCUCGUCCGUAAGUCUUUCAUUAAUGGAAGAUUUAAUUCUUAUUAUUAUGAAGAUCAUGAUAUAGCUCAGCAAGUCUUCACUCAUUGUUCUGUUAGGUUAGAGGCACCUAUUUCACACGAAUCAAAAUAUCAUAAAUUAGAACGAACAUUUGCAGUAGAUACAACUAUAUACAUAAUAAACAGGUUAUUUCGUAUGCAUGCAGACUUAUUGAUUGAAUUAGGAACAAAAUGCACUAAGAAGCAUAAAUUCGAUGGUGUUUUGGAGGUGAUAAAAGCAAAAAAUAAUAGCAAGACAAUUCUUUUAAUUGAAUUUGCCAGAAGGAAAACAACAAAAAAAGAAGUAGAUGAUCACACUAAAUUAAGUAGAAAUAUAAAAAGAGCUUUAAACGAAUUACUAAAAAGUGUACCAAAAGAAAUGGCAAAAGUAUAUCUCAUUCAAUCAGCAAAUGGGAAUAUCAAUAUUAAAUACUUAAUUCGACCACUUCCUUCAGUUUAUUUGAUGAAUCAACUUUUACUUAUGAAAAUACCAGUUGUUUUUGAAGACUUCGAAAAUUUUGCGAAAGAUAUGACCCAAUUGAUGAAUAUCCAAGCAGAUGUACUUUUAACUGCCAAACAGAUAAAUAAAUAUUCAAAUAGUGAUGAUGAUGCAAGAGUAGUGGAUUUAGUUCAAAUUACACCAGAAAAGCUAACAAAAUUCAGUCUAGAAAGGAAAGAACAUCCUAAAUCACCAACUCCAUCUAAUGGCGAAACCUCUCUUCUUGCCUAG